CAGGAAGUCCCCGCUCUCGGGGUCUAAAAACGAUACACUCUCUACUUAAUAGGCGGCGGGUCCUACCAAGCUUGGCAGAUAUAUGACGCUGCGUACACCACCACCCUUCUUGGGCGCCUGUGUGGAACGGCCUUGGUUGCCUUCAGUUAGUUCCAUGCCCACAGUUGGAAGGCAACGCUGCUGUGCGUGUGACAGUCAUCAAACAUGCGCGUGAUUGCAUCUCUUUUGUUCCUGGCUACGGUAUUCAAUUCCUUCCAAGCUCCCAUGAUUUCUCGAGGUCGGCAGUUAAUCUCACAAUAGAGCGCAAAGAAAAAUAAGUAUGUCAGUGGAGGACUGGAAGUAUUUCUCCUUCGGGCAAGGUUGAAAGAUCGCAUGACUUAUGUCCUUCUUUUUUUCGCAUCCGCGUUUGCGAUUCUGGAGAAGAAAUAAUUCUGCACCUCAUCCA